ACGUUUUUUUUUCUUUUUUCUUUUCUAAAUUUUCCAAUAAAAUAUUGUUGAUUUUUUGUAUUAAUUUUAUAUAUCAUGGGUUACAAUUAAAAUGAAUUGUUUCGUUAAAUAGAAAUAGGUAUCUCAAAAAUGCGACUUGCACAUGUAAUGAACAAUAAAUAAUAUACAUGAUGAUAAAUAACGAAGUAAAAAAUUCUGAACUAAAAGAGAGAUCAGUUAUGCGUUACUGUACAACCAAAGGGAAAAUCAUAUUUUGAUAUUAAACUAAUAUUAAUUAAUAGAAAAAGAACUAGAAGGGAAAAGACUGUAAAUAAAAAAAGUAGGGAUGUACGCAUUUCGCGCAUGUCGGAAUGACUAAAAGAGAGCAGUCGACGAGAGGAAAGGAAUAACAGUGAUCAUUUAAACGAAAGUGGGAGUUAGAUAGUGAAAGAAAAAAACGAGAGAAAAAAGUAGAGAAGAAAACUUUCCUCUACUUUCAAUGGUUGACGAAAACGUUCAAACGAACAAUGAUACCUGUAAAAAUAUUCUUGUGAUACUAUCUUGGAUUAUCGUGAUUCUUACGAUGCCGUUUUCAUUAUUCAUUUGUUUCAAGGUAGUACAAGAAUAUGAGAGAGCUGUGAUAUUUCGUUUAGGGCGACUUCUUUCUGGUGGUGCUAAAGGACCCGGUAUCUUUUUCAUCUUGCCUUGCGUGGAUAAUUAUGCUCGAGUCGAUUUACGCACGCGAACGUACGACGUACCACCUCAAGAGGUUUUGACAAAGGAUAGUGUGACAGUAUCGGUUGACGCGGUAGUGUACUAUCGCGUGAACAACGCAACGAUUUCGAUCACGAAUGUGGAGAACGCUCAUCACAGUACAAAACUGUUGGCUCAAACUACUCUUCGUAAUACGAUGGGGACCAGGCCGCUUCACGAAAUUCUUAGUGAACGCGAAACAAUUUCUGGAAAUAUGCAGGUCUCUUUAGAUGAAGCUACCGAUACAUGGGGUAUAAAAGUGGAACGAGUUGAAAUAAAAGAUGUACGAUUGCCUGUUCAAUUACAAAGAGCUAUGGCUGCGGAAGCUGAAGCUGCUCGUGAAGCUCGCGCUAAGGUUAUCGCAGCAGAGGGUGAACAAAAAGCUAGUCGGGCAUUAAGAGAAGCCUCGGAGGUAAUCGGCGAUUCACCUGCCGCAUUACAACUUCGUUAUUUGCAAACUCUGAACACAAUUUCUGCAGAGAAAAACUCAACGAUUGUAUUCCCAUUACCUAUUGAUUUAUUAACGUAUUUCAUGAGAGCCGGAUUUACAAAGGAUUCUUAAUAUCUCAAUUUUAAUAUAACGAAUAAAAUCAAACGGUUAUCCAAAAUCUUCUACAUAAAGAAUACGUACAAUAUAUAAUUAACAUAAUCGGCUCAAUAACAUAAGAGGAUCGCAUAAAUAUAAUAAUAUACUUAUUAAUAUAAUUCACUUUUACCACAAAUAUUCAAUUAAAAUAAAAUUAACUCUAAAAGUGAUAAUACCCAAUCGUAAGUAUAUAAUAUAUAUACAUAUAUAUGUGUGAGUAUAGACUCAAUCCUUUUUUUUAUCGAUAAUAGCAAAACGGUUUAUAUCUUAUCAUUAUAUCAUCAUAUACAAAAUAAUUUAUCGAUAAAUUUUGUAACAUAGAAUAUAUAUACUUACAUAUUAUAUAUAUAUAUAUGUAUAUGUAAAUUAAACAUAUAUAUUGAAAUUUUUAUUAAUUUACAAUUACAAUUUUUUAAAUUGUUUGCUCUAUAAUAAAAUGUAAUACAAUUGCAAUAUAAUUUGCAAUACAAUUCAAUAACAAAUAUAAUGAUAUUAGACAUAUCAAUUUAUUGAUAACUUACAAUCGAAAUAGUAAGAAAACGUUGAAUUCUACUGUAACAAUUGAUUAUAUAUUUUUGCAAUCCAAUCAAACCAAUCAAAUCAAAAUAAUAAGAAAUGAACUUUUUUAUGUACUAAAAAUUUGAAUUUAUAAUUAUCAUGUAUUGGAUAGAUAUAUUUACUAAUCGAAUAUAUCUAUUUAUCUUGACAUAUGUAAUAGAUAUCUAUGAUCGAUAUCUAUUAGAUUCUAUUAGAUAGAUUCCAAAUAUAUCGAAAAAUAUAUAUGUAUAUAAAUAUUAGAGACGAAUUAAUAUAAUCUUAGAUUGAAAAACAUUUAUUCUACGUGUUUGUUUCAUAUUGAUAUUAAAUAAUUUUUUAUUAAAUAAUAUUUUAUACAAAAAAUUCUAAAAAGAAUAAAAAUAUAUUCGAAAUAUAAUUAUUAUUUCAUUGAACGAAAGUACAAAAAAAUAUUUACAAAAAGAUAUUUAUUUCAUAUUCGUGAUAUAAUGUACACAAUUUUUAUUUAGUAUGUAGUAAAUGAUAUACACAUAUAAGUAAUAUAUGCUCAAUUAUAUAUGUAUUUGUUACUGAUGCAAAGGACUGUUCACUAUUGAAGUAAUUGAUUAAUAUAAUUAUAUAUACUUACACAUAUAUAUAUAAGUACGUAAAUAAUGUAUGAAUGUUAUUUGUAUAUUUUUUCCGGCCUGUAAUGAUAUCUGGUCUAGCAUAAGCGAUUCUUCCCGAUAAAUAACAUAUAUUUAUGUGAAAAUAACAUUCCAUUAUUAUAUUUAUCGUUUAGAAUACAAAAAAAAAUAAUGAUAAAAAAAAAUUACGCAAUUAAUCGGAAUAUGUAAUAUUUAACAAAUAGUAAAGUAUAUAAAAUAUAAAUUUUCAUUUGUAUUCAUCGUUGAAAAAGUCGGAUAAAAAUGAUAAUCAAUCAAAAUUUUGUUGUCAAAAAGAAAGUUUGUUUUAUUUACUUAUGUAUAUUGUUAUUUCUAUAGUAAUUUGAUUUAGAUUAGGAUUUAGAACUUAUUAAGAUUUUGAUCAUAUUUGAGAUUCAAGAUUUUGAUCUACCUCUUUUUUACGUACAAAUUUCUAUCUCUGAUUGUUAUACUAUCAUUUUAAUGUUAAUAACUUUAUGUAUUUAAUAUAUUUUUAUCGUAUUCGUUAGAUGAUUCAUUCGAAUACUAUGCUCGGAAAUAACCAAAAAAUAUAUUUGAAAAGUGAUAAUUAUAUUUUUUGCAUUGAUGUUAGUAUUUUUUAUUUUUUUUAAUUUGUUUCACUUCAUUAAUAUGUAAAAAAUAUUAAAUGGCAAAUCAUAGAUAAAGCAAAAAAUUUUAAUUUCAACAAUUUUAUACAAAUCAAAUUGUUAACACUAACUAAUAAAGAAUUUAUUACUUUAUUUUAAAAUUAAUGUAUGCAAAUAAAAAUUCAGAAAUUCUGCAUUUCA